AUGGUUCCAUGGAUAACAGCAUUUGCUACAAUUGCAGGAGCAAUUCUGAUAUACCAUAUUGUGAAGUUCAUCACAGCACGUCCUUCACUGCCACUCCCUCCGGGUCCCAAACCGUGGCCCAUAGUUGGUAACUUGCCACACUUAGGCCCGGUGCCACACCACUCCAUAGCGGCCUUGGCCCGAACGUAUGGGCCUCUAAUGUACCUUCGGUUGGGCUUCGUGGACGUGGUGUUGGCGGCGUCGGCGGCGGUGGCGGAACAGUUUUUGAAGGUUAAUGAUGCUAAUUUCAGUAGCCGGCCACCAAAUGCAGGAGCAAAAUACCUGACGUAUAACUAUCAAGACCUUGUUUUUGCUCCUUAUGGUCAACGCUGGCGCUUGCUACGCAAAAUUACAUCUCUUCACCUCUUUUCCGCCAAGGCCUUGGAUGAAUUUAAACACUUGCGUCAGGAAGAGGUAGCACGAUUGACACGGAAUUUGGCAAACUCAGACUCAAAAGCUGUGAACUUGGGACAAUUACUGAAUGUGUGCACCACAAACGCAUUGGGCAGGGUAAUGAUGGGGCGGCGAGUGUUCAAAGAUGGGAAUGGUGGGUGUGAUCCUAGAGCUGAUGAAUUUAAGGCUAUGGUCGUAGAGUUGAUGGUUUUGGGAGGAGUUUUCAAUGUUAGUGAUUUUAUUCCCUCAUUGGAGUGGCUAGACCUUCAAGGGGUCCAAGCUAAGAUGAAAAAAAUACACAAAAGGUUUGAUGCAUUUUUAACCAGCAUUAUUGAGGAGCACAGUAGUCCUUCCAAGAGUGAGAAGCAUAAGGACUUGUUGAGUACCUUGUUGUCCUUCAAAGAUGCUCCCGAUGAUGAUGAAAACAAGCUCUCAAAUACUGAGAUCAAAGCACUACUUCUGAACAUGUUUACAGCAGGAACAGACACAUCAUCAAGCACAACAGAAUGGGCCAUUGCUGAAUUGAUCCGUAACCCAAAAAUGAUGGCCAAAGUUCAACAAGAGUUGGACAGUGUUGUGGGGCGAGACAGGAACGUGAAGGAAGAGGACUUGGCUCAUCUCCCAUACUUACAAGCAGUGGUUAAAGAAACCUUCAGGCUCCACCCAUCAACCCCUCUCUCUUUGCCACGUGUUGCAGCUGAGAGUUGUGAGAUAUUUGGGUUCCACAUUCCCAAAGGUGCCACCCUCUUGGUGAAUGUGUGGGCCAUAGCACGUGACCCAAAAGAAUGGGCUAACCCGUUGGAGUUCAGGCCCGAAAGGUUCCUUCCAGGUGGAGAGAAAGCUGAUGUUGACGUUAAAGGCAAUGAUUUUGAGGUGAUUCCCUUUGGUGCUGGACGAAGAAUAUGUCCUGGUAUGAGUCUUGGGCUUCGAAUGGUUCAACUUCUAACUGCAACUCUGGCUCAUUCGUUUGAUUGGGAACUAGAAAAUGGGCUGAACCCAGAAAAGCUGAACAUGGAUGAAGCUUAUGGGCUGACCCUGCAACGAGCAGUGCCUCUUUCAGUGUACCCAAAGCCCAGGCUCUCACUACAUGUGUACUAA